AUGCAUCGACUCCUCAUAGCUGACUGUCCACUGGAAUCUCUCCAGAGCAGAUGGCCUACUAUUUCAUCUCCUGAAGCUCUGGAUUUUGAAGAAAGCCUGGUGGAUCAAAUGUAUUACUACACAGCUAAAACGGUUACUUAUGCCUAUCCUGGUGGUCAACAGAGCAGCCAAAACAAGGACAGCACACUGCAGGAACCUCAGAUAGAACCGAAUAGCCCACAACAACAGUUCUACAGUAACAAUCACCUUUCCCCUGCUGAUUCCUCUUGUGGCUUUGCUUAUACUGCAUUUCACGAGUGUGAAGACAUACAAGAUAUACAACUACCUCCAGCGCUCAUAAAACCAAAUGCAGUCACGCCACGGGGAGGGAGGAGACUUCCUUUUAUUCACCUAUUAUUCACCGGCGCUUAUACCGAGAUCGCCCUGCCACGAUUUCACCACUGCCCAGGAAGCAGGCACCCAGGCUGCCAGGUUACUCUUUGCGCAGCACCGGCUCCAGCGCCCUCAGUAAAGCCCACCCCAGAGGCAAGACCCGACCCGUCGAGGCUUUUUGCGCUGCGCAGCGCCACGCGGCCCUGCCCCGACGCCCACGCGGACGCCGCCGCCCACCCCCGCUGCCGCGAGCGCCUCUACCAGGCGCUGGAGCUCUGCCCCGGCCGCAGGAUCAACUGCUCGGGGGUCGUCCGCGGGGAUGAGAAAGCCAUCCAGGAGGCCCAGCUCAGCAACCUGGAGGUUGCGAACAAAAAGGUUGCCCUGACGCCCGGCGAGUACCUGAACAUGACGAAGGACUGCAGCAGCUUCAAGGAGACCCGGCGGUUCAUUGAGUUCCCGCUGAGCCAGGAGGAGGCAGAGUUCCCCAUCGCCUACUCCAUGGUCAUCCACGACAAAAUCGAGAUGUUCGAGCGGCUCCUGCGGUCCCUCUACGCCCCCCAGAACGUCUACUGCGUCCACACUGACAGCAAGUCCCCGGCCGCCUUCCAGGAGGCUGUGCGGGCCAUCGUAGCCUGCUUCCCCAAUGUCUUUGUGGCUAGCCGCCUGGAAAAGGUGGUCUAUGCCUCCUGGUCCCGGCUGCAGGCCGACCUCAACUGCAUGCAGGACCUGUUGCAGAGCCCCAUACCAUGGCACUACAUGCUCAACACCUGCGGCACUGAUUUCCCCAUCAAGACCAAUGCCCAGAUUGUCCGUGCCCUGAAGAUGCUGCAGGGGCGGAACAGCAUGGAGUCAGAGAAGCCCUCGGCCUUGAAGCAGGAGCGCUGGCAGUACCACCACGAAGUGGGGGACUUCAUCUCCCGGACAGCCACAGAGAAACUGCCGCCACCCCACAACUCUCCCAUGUUCACAGGCAACGCGUACAUCGUGAUCACGCGGGCCUUCGUGCAGCACGUCUUUGAGAACCCCACGGCGCAGCAGUUCCUCGAGUGGGCCAAAGACACCUACAGCCCUGACGAGUACGUCUGGGCCACCCUCAACCGCAUGCCCGGUGUGCCGGGCGCCAUGCCCCAGAAUGACAAGUUCCAGCUCUCGGACAUGAACGCCCUGCCCCGCCUGGUCAAGUGGCAGUACCUGGAGGGCGACACCAGCAAGGGCGCGCCCUACCCGCCCUGCACCGGCCAGCACCAGCGCAGCGUCUGCAUCUACGGGGUGGGCGAUUUGCCCUGGAUGCUCCAGCAGCACCACCUCUUGGCCAACAAGUUCGACCCCCUGGUGGACGAUGCCGCCAUCCAGUGUCUCGAGGAGCACCUGCGCCACAGGGCCCUCUACGGCAGGGGACUCUGA